GCCUACCUGCUACUUGAGUGUUUUUCCGCUGCUCCAAGUACCGCGGACCCCUGGCUCCGCUACUUGAGUAUUUUCCCUGCUGCAACCCUUGAUAUCACGGCCACAGAAGUAUACAUGGACAUGUAAAAGCAGACGUAGAAGACUGUGGUGGGGUAACCAUGGAAGAGGCCACUUCAAAAUCAACGGCAAUUGUUAUUGUCCUUUUCCGCCACUUGUAUGGCCUGAUUGAUGAAAUCGAUGCACUGCAGAAAAAGGUGCUUAUCCAUGGGGCUGCAUGCAGCUUUCUCAAUGACUGUGCAAAAGCACAGCUUAACAUCUUGGAGGAUAUACAUGCAUCUUAUCCUUUGCGAGCGAUAUGUGCUGGACGAAAGAGCUUGGAGGGCAUAACAGCAAACCUGCGCAUGGCAGUUUAUCAUGUCCACCAAUGUGGGCUUGUGACUCAGGCAUUAGGUUUAGUGCUGUCAAGGAAACACAACCUUCAAUGCAUGGAGCGGGUGUGCAGACUUUGGGCCAAGAGCUUGCGAGGACUUAUUGAGGAGGUGGUUUCAACUGCUUCCAACCCUACCCCUAGGAGCCAUGAGUGUGGCGCUGAUGCAGGGCAUAGGGCAUCCGACUGCCAGGAGUUAUUGGGUCCGCCACAUGUGCCAAGCGACCUUCCAGAGAGGUCGAAGGCCCUUUAUAAAGCUCUUCAAAAAAAGUCCUUGAAGCUCGACGAAAAUGAUGAAAUGCUCAUGCAGGUGCAUCCAGAAUCAGAGGUGGACGUGGGGGAUGGAGGAACGAGCCCUUCCUAUGCAUUGGGAAUGGUUCUGGCGGAUGGGAGUAGGUCAGUAACAGGUGAAAUGAUUGACCUGAAUAAAUUCUUUAAGGAGUUCGAAAAUGUUGAAUGGUUCCAAGGCGUAAUUUCUGAAGUCAUCCUUAAGUUCACCUUGGAUAUGGAUAAGCACAUUGAUGUAGGGGAGCAGCUCCACAAUCUAUGGGAGGAGCUGGAAGUAGCGAAAGCUCUUCCCAACAGGGAUAGGGCGUUCUUGAUUGGUAAAGUCAUCUGCAAGCUAUUGGCUGACGAGCUCGAUGUAGGAUUUAGUCCAAAUGAGAAAGGUCUCCAAAGAGAUCAUGACGGCAGGGGUCUAUUUUGUACAAAGAGGGUGUUGAGCUGGCAAUCCCAGAGUGCAAUGCAGAUUGCAGAAGAGCUGGUUAGCAAGGAUAGCACAGCUGUAGAGCAUGUGGACGGGGUACGCAUAACAGGCGAACAGCAAAGUGUAGGCAGUGAGAUCAAUGCCUGUGGGGUAGGAUGGCAUCUUCUGGGUCAAAAGACGUUGAGGGAAGAGGCAGAAGUUAUUGACAAGGUGAUACAGCUUGUUGCUGCAGCCAUUGACAUUGGUUUGAAAAGCCGGGGCAGCAGCACUCCUAUUAAUAUCCCGAGUGCAAGUUCUUUCGCCUCCCAGAAGAUCCCACACCCUCCGGAUGCCUUCAUUUGCCCUCUGACUUUAAAAACCAUUAAGCACCCCGUUGUGUUGGAGACAGGGGUAAGCUAUGAGAAAGAGGCAAUAACGGAGCACGUCCGGAGGUAUCCUACAUGCCCUGCAUCGAAGAAAGAGUUGGUGAAUCCGGAUCUAAUGAUUCCUAACACCAGCCUGGAGGGGUUGAUUCGAAAAUGGGAAGCCCACUGCUCACAUGUUGACAUGGCUGUCUCUGCAUCCACAGGUCAGUCUCUUCCUCGGUUAAAAAAAACCUGGAAGUGUACUGACUGCGACUUCUGCAGAUGUUGCCCUGAUCCGCACAUCGAGUCACAGGAUGGCCAUCUUCUCUCAAGCCGCGGUCAUCUCUGGAACAGCAUGGAAGCUUCAACUAUCUCCAAGGAGCACUUGUUUGGAAGCAUGAUCCGGGUUUUUCUUGAUACUACUGUGACAUUGGACGUGGCACAAGAGUUGCAAAAAGCGAUUGUGAGCUUGAAGAAGAACUCACAUGCUGAGCUUGAUGUAGGAGACUCUGCACUGAAGUCCACAUUCCAAGAUAGCCCAUCUUCAAGUCCUCGGUCAGAUUUGCGUAGGUCUGAUCCCAUGCUAGGGAUGCCAUCAAACCAAAUGGUAGUGGCAGAUGGCGAGCCAGGUGGUCUUCAUGAGGCCAACACAAACUGCAGAACAGGGCUGGGAGAUGGAGGACCAGCUAGUAUGGUCCUGGAACCUGGAUAUCACAAGAAUGUCGCCCCUGAAUGCCCUGAAAGACGGGCGGGCUCUCCGGUAGUAUGUGAGCGCUUGCCGCAUGUCCAAUCACUGUCUUCAGGAACUCUGACAGGCACAGGUGGUCCAGUUGCGGCAUUGCCACAGCAACUCUCUUGCACUGAUUCGGACUCGAAGGCGGAUGAUGACAAUGGAUUUCGCCGUGUUGGCUCUGAAACAUAUCCUGGGGAGUGCAGUGCUGCAGUUCACGGCAAGUCACAACAGUCUGACACAAAAGUCUCAAAAUCCUUACCCCCUAGCACUGCUCAACCUCAACCUGCAGGUUCUUCUAGGUCCAGCAUGGAGAUAAAGACAGCUGAAAGUGACCAAUCAUUGCUUCGACCGCCACGUUUGUCAGUCUGUCCCCGCGACUUCGCUGAUGUGGAAGAUCAACAACAGAAGCUCGCUCGCACUGAUUCGGACUCAAAGGAGGAGGAUGGCAAUGGAUGUUGCCGUGUGGACUCGGGAACACAUCCUGGAGAGUUCAGUGCUGGAGUUCAUGGCAAGUCACAACAGUCUGACAUAAAAGUAUCAACACCCUCAUCCCCUAGCACUGCUCAACCUCAACCUAGAGGUUCCACUAGCUCCAGCAUGGAGAUGGAGACAGCUGAAAGUGACCAAUCAGGGCUUCCACUGCCACGUUUGUUGGGCUCUCCCAGCCAUUCUGCUGACUUGGAAAAUCAACCGAUCAAGGCCAGUGUUGGAGUUGAAGCCCAACCGAACCAAGGUUGUCUGAGGCAGUCUGUUGAUAGGGAACCAUCUAGCAGAGAAAGCUCACCAUCUCCUCUUCCUCACGCUGAUCAACCUACUGGAAUUCAAGACCAACCAAUGCAAAACUGCCGUAGACAAUCCGUCCAUUGGCCACCAGCUGAUGUGGAAAGAUCAGGUCCUCCAGCUCCACACCCUGAUGAACCUCCUGUACUUCCAGGCUCUGGCAAACAGCAACCUGGAAGACCCAUUAGGUCCUUCACGGAGUCCGAGAGACCUUCCAGCGACCAAGUGCAAUUCCAACAACGACAUUUGUCAGGUUUUCCUUGCCACUCUGAUGACAGGGAAGAUCACGAGACGAUGCCAAGACCCAUGCUUGUGACCGCUGCUGGAGUUCGAGAGAGGCAGUCUGUUCAUAGGCCAUCAUCUGACAUGAAAAGCUCACCCCAUUCCUCUUCCCUCAGCAUUCAACCCUCUGAAGUUGCCCCUCCUGGCAUGCAGCACCAGGCGUGGCAGCAACCUGAAAGGACCAGCAGCCCCACCAGGGAGACAGACACAACUGGGCGUGGACAGCAAUGGUCACUUUCCCCGGAGUAUCGCCGCUCUACUGCCAACAGCCCCAUCAGGGAGACGGACACAGCUGGCCGUGGCCCCCCAGAGUGUCCCAGCCUCUUUAGUGAGGUGGAAUGUCAGAGGACAAGACCCAUCUCAAAGCCAUUUCAUGGGCGACCAUCUCGCAUGGAAAGCACACCCCUUUCCCACUCUCAUGGUGAUCAACGUCCUGGAGGUUCCAGCUCUGGCUCAGUGAAGCAUGCUGAUCAGCAACCUGGAAGGCCCACUACCAGAGUGAGACUGGGACACAGUAUCGAAGACGAAGCAAGAGCGCAGAUGCUAACUACCGAUAGCAUGCCUGAUUAUCCUGCUGACAGUGUAUCUGGUGGCUCUGACCAGAGUGAUGAUGCGGAUGACGUUCCAGUGGCAGAUCCUGUUGACUCUUCUAUGUUGGGUGAGUCGUCAAGAGGACGUGAUUCCAUCCGCAGAACUUCUCGAUCCAGAACUGGGCAUUGUUUCCCUGUGGACGAUGAUGGGGCACGUGGGACAGACCCACGAUAUAGCAGGGAGAGAAGUGCAUGUGUAAUCCCGUCAUGUGAUUCAGGAAAUCUGCAUGGCAGACGUCCGAGCAGAGAAGAUCAAGAAUCCCAUUUGGAACAAUCUCCGAGUCAAAGAAUGAACGGAGAGGGUCACGAGAGUGAUGGAAGUUCUGAUGUCCAUCAAUGGGGGCAGACCGGAAGGGGACACAGGCAAAGCAAUUGGCAUGGCCAAGAGAGUCGACCCCAGUUGUCUUCCCCGAGGUCAACUAGCUCUUGUCCCGAACGAAUGGCACAUAUGGGACAAGGUUGGCUGGAUCCACAGGACGAAGGAAUUGCCCAACGACCAGCAAAGUACCGAGAAUCGGGUGGAUCACGGAGUAGUCAUUCACGGCAUCACUCUUUGGGAGCCUAUGAUGUCGAUGCUGGUAAUUACCGAGAAAGCUCUGAUGGUGGACACAGGGGUUGGGAAGUGCCUCCUCCCUCACGUUCUCAUCUCAGGCCUCAUAGUCAUGAUCAAUUGCAGCAGCCUGACCAUGAUGCAGCAAUUUCCAGAAAUAGAAGCGUUUCCAGGGAUGGACGGGAAACUGCUUGGCAUUCCAGUGGUUCCUCUUCGGAUGAGCGGGAGGCUGAUGACACUGCAAGCUCAGGGAGAAAGGGAAGGCGGCGAUCAUUCCCUCUAUCCAAACACGAUCUUUAUGAUUCUGAAGAACCUGGCGUUAACAAGGGAGGUCCCAUGGCUACUGUUUGUGCUAGUCCUCAUGAGGGUGUUCGGCAACCAUCGGUAACACCGUUUGCAGACAUGUCUGAACAGGGAGAUGGACAUUAUAUGGGAGAUAAACCUGAAGCUCAGAGGCAAUCCAGUGACAGCCGUAAAGCAGCUUCCGGAGAGGUACGCUCCCCAGGGGCAAGGGUUGCAAAUAGGGUCAAUGUAAGUAGUGGCAAAGGGGAGGAUUUGAAUUCUGAACAGAGCUCCCCUCAAUCCCUUAAAGAGAAAGUGGGUCUCUUGUGAGGGGAGGGGGUUUUGGGAGAGACCCGGCAUUCGGGCCUGUGCUAUGUGACUGGUUGAAACUGCAAUUCAGCAGAGCAUCAUCAUGUCCCCGUACACACACACACAGAUUCACAUGAAGCUGAAGAGAAAUAUGCGCAGUGGAAUCACCAUAACAAGAAGAAUGGAAUAUAAACAAUCCAGAGUCUCUCGCCAACUCUCCAAGUCGAACCAGAAUCACUCACACAAGUAGCCAAGAACCACAACCAAGUAUAAACAACCUUGAACAAAAUUGAAACGCCAGU